AUGGCUUCGCAAUCCUUCCGCGACGGCCUCAGCGCGCUGGGCUGGUCCCGGCGCGAUCCCGAUAUCCCCGUGAACACAUCGCGGCAGAACGGCGGUUUCCUGUCGUCGCUCCAGUCCCUCAACCCGUUCGGGAACCGCGGCUAUGUUCAGUUGCCGACAACGGAGACCCAGGCCGCCCGUGAAGAGGAGGAGGGGUGGUUUAACUUGAGUCGCUGGGACCGGAUGUUGAUAUUUGGAGCUUGCAAUCUGGGAGCAGCCCUAUGCUUCUUCCUCUGCUUCUUCCUUUUCCCUGUUAUUUCCCUCGGGAGACCACGCAAGCUGGUCGUUUUAUGGACUGCGGGCUCUAUCCUGUUCCUGUCCUCCUGGGCUGCUAUUAUGGGCCCAUGGGCAUACCUUCGGCACCUAGCCUCGCGCGAGCGACUCCCUUUCACUUCUGCCUACUUUGGCUCGCUUGCCUUGACGCUUUACUUCUCCAUUGGCCUGCAAAGCACGAUCCUCACUCUCUUCUCGGGCAUCAUCCAACUCGCUUGCCUGGUUUGGUACUUGGUCAGCUACUUCCCCAUGGGUUCCACGGGAUUGCGUGCUGUAGGCUCUUUUGGAGUUCGUAGGGCCGCUACUUGGAUGACUGGAUGA